AUGCCAUCUGCAGGGCCCAAGAAUCCCUAUCAGGCGAUAGCUGACGCCGAGCUAUGCUCUGAGGCCUUUGCGCGCCAGGAGGACAACAAGGACGAAUUGAGCAAGCUCCGCAAGGAAUUCGUUAUCCCAACCAAGGGCGACCUCAAGAACAAGAAGUAUGGAUUCUGCAAGGCGGGAGAAGGCGCCAAGACCGUGGCGCAGGACGACAACGAAGAGGCGAUUUACUUUUGCGGCAACUCGCUCGGGCUGCAGCCACGAAGGACAAGAGACUAUGUGAACCGCUAUCUGGACACCUGGGCCUCCAAGGGCGUCUUUGGCCACUUCACCGACUACGAGGGGGGUCUGCCACCAUGGCUGCACCUCGACGAUGCGACCAAGCAGCAGUCGGCCAAGAUUGUCGGCGCGCUGCCGGGCGAGGUCGUGGUCAUGGAGACGCUGACGGCGAAUCUGCAUCUGCUGAUGUCGAGCUUCUACCGGCCCACUGCCGACCGGUGGAAGAUCAUCAUCGAGGGAAAGGCCUUCCCCAGCGACCAUUACGCCGCCCUCUCCCAGAUCGCGCACCAUAACCUCGACCCGUCCGCCCUCAUAACCAUUGAGCCGCCUUCUGCCGCCGCACCCUACCUCUCGACCGAGCAUAUUCUCUCAGUCAUCUCGAAGCACGCUGCCACAACCGCCCUGGUUCUGCUGCCGGGGAUACAAUUCUACUCGGGCCAGUUUCUGGACAUCGAGCUGAUAACACGCCACUGCCACUCCAAUGGCAUCCCCAUCGGCUGGGAUCUCGCCCACGCAGUCGGCAAUGUGCCGUUGAAGCUGCAUGACUGGAACGUCGACUUCGCCGCAUGGUGCAACUAUAAGUACAUGAAUGGCGGGCCUGGCGUGAUCGGUGGCCUCUUUGUACACGAAACACACGGCAAAGUCGAACAACGAUCCGCCACCACUUCAGACGCCGCUGGCGCCAAGAAAGCGAAAGCAUCCAGUGACACCACCAGCAAAAAAGAUGCCAACGCCAACGAGACACAACUGACGUACCGUCCCCGCCUCAGUGGCUGGUGGGGCAGCGACAAAUCCAGCCGCUUCGCCAUGGAAAACCGCUUCGUCCCCAUCGCCGGCGCCUCCGGCUUCCAGCUCUCGAACCCGUCUGCACUAGACAUGACCUCGGUCCUCGCCUCCCUCGACGUCUUUAGCCAAACCUCCAUGCCCGCUCUGCGCGCCCGCAGCAUUCGCCUCACGGCCUACCUCGAAGCGCGCCUCCAGCGCCCCCCUGGUCCUUACACAAUCAUCACCCCCGCCAACCCCGCCGAGCGCGGCGCCCAGCUCAGUGUCCUGCUUAAGCCGGGCUUGCUGGAGUCGGUCCAGGCGUUCAUUGAGCAGCGGGGCGUGGUGGUGGAUGAGCGCAAACCGGAUGUAUUGCGUAUCGCGCCGGCGCCGCUGUAUAACAGCUUCCUCGAUAUACAUCGCUUCAUCACAAUCUUCCAGGAGGCGUGUCGCAGGGCUGUUGCGGGGCAGGGGCAGACGCAGGGUCGUGUUGCGCCGAGCGCGCCCGGCGCGAUUGCGAAGACGUAG